UUCAUACCUCCAGUGCUCUUUGCUUUGUGCUCAUGUUUGGUUUAAAAAUACUGCGCACACUCGGUUUAGGGUUAAGGUUACAUAGAGUUUUGGGAUUGAAGGCAUCAGGAGGGAGGUUUCUAUGCACCGCACACAACAGACACGCAUGCACCCCUCGAAACUUUCACUGCCAUCACCGCACCAACGUAACUGGUCUUCCUGGAGCAGCGUUACAUGGCGUAUCUAGCACGGCAGGCGAGCGUGGUGACCACUAAGCAAAAAGCCUAAGCGAGCAGCUUUAGCUGCCCACCACAUUCUUGAAGGCAUCGGGAGGGAGGUUUCGCGCGGAGACGAGUCCUGACCUGGAUGAGGAAGACAGAUGUGUCAGCUCCUUGCAGACCAGUUACACCAUUACACUUCAUGUCAUCCUCAUGAGAAAAUUGUUUGUCAACGAAAUAUUUUUGUUAUUUUCAUUGUUGUUGAAAACAAUGGUUUUAAGUUUUUCUCCCGCCCCCAAUCUUUAAAAGGAAACCAACUGGGCACAAAGCCACUCAAUCUGAAAAAAAAAAUGGUGGCAAUAAUGCACAUAUAUGGUGUUGUGGGUGUCACUGAAGUUUACACCCAGCGUGCCCUGUCUAGGAGGAUCAGAAAGACAAGUUGUCACUUGUCACACGGACCGGAGGAGAAGUGGUAACAACAAGGCCGCAUACCCGAUCGACGGUCAUCUCACUCAUGCGUUUAAAAGGUGGAAGGAUGCCUCUGGACACCGAGCAUAAGGAGCUGCUGUUGAAAACGCUGAUGGAGCUGGGGGAGGAUGACUGUCAGUCCUUCAACAGAUUUAAGUUAUGUGUGGAAGGAUGCCCCUGGACACCGAGCGUAAGGAGCUGCUAUUGGAAACGCUGUUGCUGCUUCUAGUGCUCAGUUAAGUUUUUGUCUGCAGAUACCUCAAUCCACGGUCACCUCCCUCACGCGUAUGUAAGUCAGAAGGAUGGCUCUGGACAGCGGAAGGAAGGAGCUGCUGUGGAACACGCUGAGGGAGCUGGGGGAGGACGACUUUGAGUCCUUCAGGUUCCACACGGACCUGCCUCAAAGCGUACGCGAAAACCCUCGCCGGGUGUACAUUGCUGACGAACUGAUGAAGAAGCACGGCGAGAACACUCUGGACCAGACCAUCAUGCUUCUGGAGAAGAUCGGUAACAACAAUUUGGCCGAGAAGCUGCGCAGCGACAUGGUGAAAAUAAAAGGCGCCGACUUCUCCGUCCACGAUGACGGUCAGAUUUCCAGAUUGAAGAGGGAGCUCCAAGACAACCUGCGGCGUUUAUACAGGUUUGCUUCCGAGGGCAACACCGAGCGCUGGCAGCAGCAGCCCCUGGAGGACGUCUACACGCAGCUAGACGUCACCUACGGGGCAGACGUCAGCCCGGACGGGCGGCAUGAGGUCCUCCAGAUGGAGACGUGUGCCGCGGCGGCCAAGCAGUCUAUCCUGCCGUGCGACAUCUUCAAAAGCCCUGACGGGAACCGGCGACCUAUACGCACGAUGCUCACCGUCGGCUUCGCAGGAAUAGGAAAAACCUUCCUGAUUCAAAAGUUUGUGUCGGACUGGGCCAGCGGUAGUACUAACCAGGACGUGGACUUCAUAUUUCCUUUCACCUUCCGCGAGUUAAACAUAGAGAAAGGGGAGAGCUUUACGUUGGCCAAACUGAUCCAAACCUUUGUCUGCGGAAACAGGCACAUGAGCGAGAGACUGAACAAUAUAUUUGACAACCUGCAAACUUCUGGGAAGCGGGACUUUGAAAGCAGCCGAAUCAAGAUCUUGUUUAUCCUCGACGGACUGGACGAGUGCAACUUCAAAAUCGACUUGAAGAAAGUAAGGAAAGUGGACAUGGACGUGAAGGAGACCUACCCGCUGGACGUACUGCUGGCGUAUCUCAUCAAUGGGAACCUGCUUCCGUGUGCCAGGGUUUGGAUCGCCACGCGGCCCGCGGCAGCCCGCGAUAUCCCCUCCGACCUCAUCGACAGCAGAACAGAGGUGCGAGGAUUCAGCGAUUCCCGGAGGCUGGAGUACUUUCGGAAAAGGUUCCCAAACGAGGAGCGCGUCAUUGAGCACAUUCGGAAAUCUCACACCAUUUUCAUCAUGUGCCACAUUCCCAUCUUCUGCUGGCUCACCGCCAUAGUUCUUCAGGAUACUUUGGACAAAGGGAAGAAGGGAGAGCUUCCCACAACGCUGACUGACAUGUACUCAGCGUUAAUAGGUCACCUACUGGAAAAUUCCAAGGAGAGAAAUACAAAUAAGUACAUCCUUGACGUGAAAACACUCGCCAAGCUGGCAUUUGACCACACCAUGAAUAAGUGUCAGAUCUUCUAUGAGAACCACCUGGCGGACAGCGGUUUUGAUUACGGCCAAGCUGCAAAACACUCCGGAAUAUUCACUGAGGUCUUUAAGGAGGUCCCUCCGCUCAGGAGAAACAAACAGAAGAUGUUUCAGUUCAUUCAUCUGACCAUCCAGGAGUAUCUGGCCGCACUGUACGUAAUGAUGAGCCUCUUCCACGACAACAAGAACGUACUGGAUGGUUCAGGACUGAAAACAAUGUUCAUGCCUGUUAAGCAGAAGACAAUCACUGAGGUCCACAAGUCAGCUCUCCAGAAAGCCUCGGAAAGUGAAGGAAACCUGGAUAUGUUCCUCCGCUUCCUCGUUGGCCUUUCCUUGCCAUGCAACCAGGAACUAGUGGGGGAACUGCUGAAGGCUCCUCAGGGCUGCGGGCAAAGCAAGUCAAAGACAGUCAAGUUGAUCAAGGAAAGGGUCAAACAGAACACUCCGGAAAAGAAUGUCAACUUGUUCUACUGCCUAAACGAGCUGAAGGACGACUCUUUGCUGAAGCAGAUCCAGCAGGAAUUAGCUUCAAGACGUCUGUCCUGGCAUCUAAUGCCAAAUGACAUGUUGUCGGCCCUGGCCUUUUUCUUACUGACAGACGAUGAAACCAUGAAGUCAUUUGAUCUUGGCCACUACAUCCCCAUGCCUUUGGGGCUCGAGAAGCUGCUGUUGGUGGUCAAGGCUUCUCAAAAAUCAGUUCUAAGGGAUUGUAACCUGUACAAAGACAGCUGUCACCUGCUGGCUUCCGUUCUCAGUUCUCCAUCCAACCUGAGGCAUCUGAAUCUGGGCUUGAACCAUCUGUCGGACGAGGGGGUGGAGAUCCUCUCGAAAGGACUGGCCAGCCCACACUGCAACUUAGAAGUCCUCAAGCUGGACUGCUGCUGGAUCACCAGUAAAGGAUGUGUUUCAUUGGCUGAGGCUCUCAAGGUAACACCCUCCCAUCUUCAAGAGCUAGACCUGACCAGGAACAAUGUGUCAGAUGAAGGGGUCGAGAUCCUCUCGAAAGGACUGGCCAGCCCACACUGCAUCUUACAAAUCCUCAACCUGACAAUGUGCAAGAUCACAAAGCAAGGAUGUGUUUCAUUGGCUGAGGCACUGAAGGUAACCUCCUCCCAUCUUCAAGAGCUGGACCUGAGCUGGAACGAUCUGUUGGAUGAAGGGGUCAAGAUCCUCUCAAAAGGACUGGCCAGCCCACAUUGCAUCUUAAAAGUCCUCAAGCUGGUCCACUGCGGGAUCACCAGUAAAGGAUGUGUUUCAUUGGCUGAGGCACGGAAGGUAACCCCCUCCCAUCUUCAAGAGCUGGACCUGAGCUUCAACGGCCUAUCGGACGAGGGGGUCGAGAUCCUCUCGAAAGGACUGGCCAGCCCACGCUGCAUCUUAAAAAUCCUCAACCUGACAAAGUGCAGCAUCACUCAGCGAGGUUGCAUUUCGUUGGCUGAGGCACUGAAGGUAACCUCCUCCCAUCUUCAAGAGCUGGACCUGAGCUGGAACAAUCCGUCAGACGAGGGGAUUGAGAUCCUCUCGAAAGGACUGGCCAGCCCACACUGCAUCUUAAAAAUCCUUAACCUGUCACUGUGCGAGAUCGCAGAUAAAGGAGGCAUUUCAUUGGCCAAGGCUCUCAAGUUAAACCCCUCCCAUCUUCAAGAGUUGAAUCUCGGGGCAAAUCGAAUAGAGAAAGAAGGAAAGAGGGUCUUAUUGGAGAUCAAGGAGGAUCCCAGCUAUAGCCUGAAGACUGUCAGGUUUAAAUGAGAUUAAGAACGUUUGGUCCUUGGCGUCAAGAAGGGCGAGUCAUUCCAAAUGUUCAUUUUAAGAAGACGUCGAGUCCAUUAGGUCUCCUUCAGAUUUAGUUCGGUCUCAUGUACUCUCCGACGAUCGCAAGAGGACCGGGUGUCGGCGCUACGGGCAAAGCGGCCUCGCUCACAGAAUUCGGGGAGGUCGUCGUCGGGUUCUUUGCAGCCACAUGGAGGUGGAGUUCAAGGGGAAGGUCUACGACGUUCCCACCAAACUGCUGGCUAGGGAUGGGAAUCGAAAUCCGAUUCCAAUUCGGAACCGGUUCCGAGUGUUUCGAGGCCUCGACAUCACAAUGAAAAAGCCUUAACGAUCCCUUUAACGAUUCCUAAAGACGCUUAUUGCGUCGUGACGUGUGUUGUUGUCCAGACGCAUCAAACUAGCAUGGCGCCAAGAACCACUCGCUCCAAAGUUGGACUACACUUCACCAGGAAAGAGUGUGAAAAUGAAAGGUUACGACGGGGUAAGCACGAGCAUUGCAGCCAUAAACAUAACAAUGACAGGACGUAGGUUCAAACGCUCGAAAGUGUGUCUUCACUUCACGAGGAAAAAUUACAACAAAGCGACUUGCAGUCAUUGCAAGGUGGAGAUAACUGCAUCGGGAGGGAAUAGACUGCACUGUCCUCACCGAGACAGCUAUACAGCUAGCUAAACUCCGAAAUGACGAUACAGAAGACGUUGGUAUAAUUUGCUGACUUUAUUCAGAGUUAAACUAAAAAUAGAAAUGAAACAAAUCAAUUUCGUCCCCAAUAACAAACAGGUUUGCAUCAACGUAAAUCAGCGAUGAUUAGCUGCUAAUAACAGUAUGGUUAGCAUUCGUUCGCUAGCAUUAGCACAUCGUUCAAACCACUACGCAACUGGAUUUAAGUGUCCGAUCGCGAGUGGAAACACAACAACAACAACACAAAAGAUUAUACAUACAGGCGUUGCCUCUGUAGAUAUUAACAUUAACAAAGAACGUAGGCUCGUAGAAGUGUUUCCUAGUGUUGUAUCGGUCGCGAACGAUUCGUUCUUUUUGAACGAAUUGUUUUGGUGAACGAGACCGAACUAAUCAUCAUCUGCACUGAUUCGUUCUAUGAAGGUGGUGCUUGUUCGCUGCGUGGGAGGGCGUUGAGCAAGCGGCAGCGUCUUCUGACAUCGCAAACGACCAAUCAGACGCCAGCCUCAUCGCGGGCAGGGGAGGGACCGGAAACAGAAUCAUGGCGUUUGUCACUCACGUCCACGUGUGGCCAAUAAGCAGCCAGCGUGCAGGCAGAGGGGCAAGACUGAGUUUUGUCACUUCCCGUUCAGUGACUCGGUCCUCCGGUUCCUGACCUAGCUUGCUGCUAACUUGAUUUUCCAGUAAUGACUAUGCGGUGAAUGAAUCAGAAAAUGAAAGGAAAUGACUUUGUCACAUAUUUGUUAACGUGGAGCCUAUCAAAUGCUGCUCAAACAGACAAAAACACCACACAAAUCUAGCGAGCAUUGUUUAGAGUAGUACUUUUCUCAACAAACUCGUGACUGCCUAUGACGACAUACUAUCAAAUUUACAGUAAUUUAAAACACGGGUAGCUACGAGGCAAGCAAAAGCUGAGCUGCGGUCGCGUGACGGCAGUGAAGCGGGCAGAGAACUGUCACUAUAUGGAGGCUUCAUGGCAGCGAUAUUUACCUCAUAUGUGCACAGAAAAAAAUAUUUAGUAUGAGCACCAUAAUACUGAUUUGCAAUGAAACUGUAUAUACAUGUCAAUUUUUUCCCGAGUGUUUUUUUUUUUUUUUUUCGUGUCAGCGUGUCGGGUGUUGGUUGGUUAGACAAAUUAUGUCAAUCCGUCCAUCAUGUGCUACUCAAGCGCCCAAAACAACGCACGCAGACACGGGAGAUGUCGCAAUAUGUCUACAUUUUUCUUAACAGACUAAUGAGAGUAGAAAGGCGACAUCGUAAAGAGCUAACAAUUAUUUCUCGUCAGCAUUUGACGAUCUGAGAUGCGGGGACGACAGGGGAGCUGACAGGAUUAUUUUAUUUAUUAAUACCAGUCCAAAAAAACAAUAUGAUCACCAUAAUACUGAUUUGCAAUGAAACUGUAUAUACAUGUAAUUUUUUUCCGAGUGUUUUUUUUUUUUUUCUUCGUGUCAGGUGUUGGUUGGUUUGACAAAUUAUGUCAAUCCGUCCAUCAUGUGCUACUCAAACGCCCAAAAACAAAGCACGCGGACACGGGAGAUGUCGCAAUAUGUCUACAUUUUUCUUAACAGACUAAUGAGAGUAGAAAGGCGACAUCGUAAAGAGCAAACAAUUAUUUCUCGUCAGCAUUUGACGAUCUGAGAUGCGGGGACGACAGGGGAGCUGACCGGAUUAUUUUAUUUAUUAAUACCAGUGCAAAAAUUCAACACGAUCAUCUUAAUACUAAAAAACAAAAAUACAACAGAGCGAGAUGUAAAUAUGAUGUGUUGGUCGUUCCAUAUUCAGAAAUUAAACUUUCGAUGUAUUUUUAUUUUCGUGACAGCAAACAUGCUGUAUAUGUGAUUGUAUGUGUGAUCAAGAACCUGCUAAAGAAAGUCCGUGCGCCCCCGCCCCCUACUCCCCUCACAAAAGGAAAAUGUUUAACCGUGUCCUAAAUCGAAAUGCAAGCACGAGCCAUGACUUUGAGCCCAUAGAACUAGGACAGACGACGCGGAAGUUCUCCCUCGCUUUUGCAGCAGCAGGAGGGAGACGAGGCUGUCUGUGAAAGCAGAAUGAUACCGCCUGUCACUCAUUUCUGAAACUACGACGAGUGGUCAAUGUGGAAGAGAGGGAGGGACCAAGCAAUGUCACUUCCCGUUCAGUUAUACUGCGAAACGGUCUUUGGUGAUUCGUUCGGCAACGUCACUUCCCGUUCAGUAACCGAACGAUUCGUUUGGGCGGGGAGGGAGAUGAGGGGGGCGAACGAUUCGUUGAACGAUUUGUUUGAACGAAUCUUUUUACUGAACGAACCGGAAUGGAUUCGUUUGCUCAAGUGAACGACAAAUCUCGUCACUAGUGUUUCCCUCUCUCACUUCGCACGCUCACUCGCUUGGAUGCGGCAUUUCUUCGGGUGCCAAAACUGCGGCCCGCGGCCAAAAUACGGCCCGCCUCCACAUUUGGUCCGGCCAUUUUGAAUUUUUUUUUUUUCUCAAUCGUGUUAUUUAUUUCCUGGCCUUUUUCCUUGAAGAAUUCAGAGCGGGUUAUUUGGUUAUUAUCUAUUUAAUAAAUAGUGUUUUUAUUAUUAAUUAUUAUUAUUAUAUUAUUAUUUUUAUUUUAUUUACUUUAAUUCCGUGAAGAAUCCAGAAAGGGUUAUUUGAUUGUGGCUUUCUGAAAAACAAUAUUUUUUUACAUUUAUGCACUUCUGCAAUCGUCACACUUUUUUUGUUACAAACUGACCCCGGCCCCUCAUCAGAGAAGGGAAAAGUUAUGUGGCCCUCACAGGAAAAAGUUUGGGGACCCCUGCUUUAACACAUAUUGCCAAACGCAGAACAACCACCUAUCUGCCAAUAUAUAUACCAAUAUUUUUUAUUUCUAUUAGAUAAAUGUUUCAGUAAAAUGUUACACAUUCUUGUGUAUUUGCCACUUAUUGCCACAGUUAACAUUGAGGCUUUGGGCCUCUUUUGAUCUCGUUGUGAGUUUGUAAGGUUGUGAGUUCUGAUUAAACAAACUCGAUGCCAAUCAAAACGUUUGUUGUUCUUUUUCCCCAAAUUAGAAUCGAUAAGAGAAUCGAUAAAGAAUCGAAUCGUGAAGCAAUAUCGAUAAUGGAAUCGGAAUCGUAAAAAUCCUAUCAAUUCCCAUCCCUACUGCUGGCAAUUGUAUUCAUCCAUUUAUUUGUACUGGAAGGGGCUGUCCAAAUGGAUUGGACUCUAGAGCAUCAUCAAUGGCAGCCAGUGAGUUCAAUAAGUACCCUUUAAAGGGUUAACUUAUGUUUUUCACAAAUUUAAAAGAAAAUGGUAUACGUACACCUAAAAUAGUUUUGCUCAUUUUGACAUCUGUGGUUUAAAUUUGAUCAUUUUCACUUUUUUGUGCAAUAUGUUGUUGUGUAUGAGAACAUUAAAACCCUUACUUGAAAUAAACGUUUUUAAAAAUCAUCUAAAAAUUCAAAAUGAACUUGAAUCAAUACACUGGAAACGUUUCAUUUGGUUGACUUGAUUGAAAUGCAGGAAAGUCAGGAGGUCGAGUCUCCAAUACAAUGAAAAGAAUUACAAUGCCAAGUAACACGACUCUGAUUAUAUGUUUUUUUAAAAAUAAAUGAUAAGCAGUAUAUGAGUUCUUUUAACCAAAUAUGUUUUACUUGAGUGCAUUUAAUGGAUGACCCCUUUUUCUUUAACUUGAGUCAUAUUAUUAGGAAGUAAUGCUCAUUCUUGGGUACAAUUUUCGGCUUCCCUACCCAACUUUGGAAAAGUAACAAACGACUGGUGUAUGCCAAAGUAGCAAGAGUAGCAUAUUUUCUUCACACAUCUAUUCCAGUGAAAUGUUUGGUGUGGUGAAACUACUGUUAAAAGUACUUUUUUUCCCCUCCAAAUUUCAAUGUCCCGAAAAAAAAUAUAUGCAUCACUAGCCGCCUCAUUGACGUCGCCGGAUGAGCCCUUUCAGUGCAAAGGGUUGGGUCUCCUCUAAUGUCCCAACAGGAUGGAUAGGAAAAGAAAACAUCAUUUUUCAAAAUAUUUGUUCGUCAAUGGCAGCAAAUGCGUUCACAGAGACAAUAUUGGAGUGGAAAAAAUUGGUAGCAACCUGUUGGUUUCUUUUUUAUUAUUAUUAAUUAAUUAAAAAAUAUAUGCAAAUAACAAAAAAACAAAGAAAACGCAACAACAGAUCUCAAAAAUAAUAAAUUCAUUCACUCCCAAAGAUGUUUUAUAGAACACUUAGGUUCGCGUUCAAAAGUGUAUCCAAAAAAUACUUGCUGUUUUUCAACUGCUCAUAACUAAAGAAUGGUAACGAGGAGGAAAAAAUGAUUUUCAUGAUUCAAGAUUGCAAUCCAAUUGUUUUUUUUUGGGGUUUGUGUAGCCAUCAAACACAAUAUUCUGUGGUGCUUGACAGAUCAGUUCAAAUCAAUGUAAAUGAACAAAAGGAAAUGGCUUCUAAAGAAUGGAUUGGAGUGAAUUUUUGUCCACAAACUGAGUAGUUUUUCUCCAGUGUCUUCCAGUCAAUAUGCAUUGGACUUCUAGCGCCAUCACUGGCAGCCAAUGAGUUAAAUUUAGGGAGGGAAUCACAAUUCAUGCAUUAAAGGUUAAUUUUUUUAAAUUUUUUUUUUACAAGAAAACUGUCAUUUAUUUGAAAUAUCAGCUAAAUGGGUCACUUUAAUAUACAGGUAUGAAAUUGGGAAGGGGGUAAAAAAGGUGUGAAGGGUGUGGAGGAAAUAUGUUCUGGUACACCGUACAACUAGGUCCAUCCCAAACGACUGAUUUUC